GGUCCAGUUGAAAUCGGUUUGCUAUAAGUAUUGGUUCGACUGGCUCACAAAUCAGUUUUAUAUUGUUCAAUCCAGCGCUAACUUGUGUUUUACCAUGGAAUCAAAAUUAAGUGUAUUUUUCCUAUUUGUUGUUUUUCAAUUUUGUUCAACUGUUGAGAUUCCCAGUGUGAGCGAAAUGAUUCAAUAUCCAACUGUUCCGACUCCGACUACGAUCCAAAAUUUUAGUAGAAGAAGUCAUGAUCAACAUCCAGCGGUUACGACUCCGUCAACGAAACAACUGAGCGAAAGAUUUCAGUAUGAACCUACAGAAAAUGAACACAUGAAGUUAACCCAUCAAAUGAUUGAGAACAUAUAUCCAUGUGUCAAUUUGAAAAAUGCUAAAAAAGUGAUUGACAGUGUAAAUAUGCUUCGGUUGCCACAUGAAGCUGGACAUCUUGAGGCCGAAGAAGCUGAAAUGGAUUUGCUUUACAUAAUGGUCUUCGGUGUGGACGGGAUAAUGCCACUUUCACGAUGGUAUCUCAUGUUCGAAAAAAUUGUCGAUGCAUUUGAUGAAUCUGAUGUGACGAGAGAGGACCCAUUUAAAUUGAAUGAAUUAAUUUUCAAUCACUAUUUAACUCCCACACAACGGAAACAAUUGAAAGUUAUCAUAGAUUCAUUUACAGAAGGAAGCACACAUGCGCUGAAGAGAUAUAUGUAUGGAUCUACAGUUGGUGCUAUAUUGGACAUUCCCCAUGAAACUAUUGCAUUUGUUUUAGAGCGAGUAGAUAACAUUGCAGCGGUUGAAUAUCAAUUGAGCCGGUUUGCCAUCGAUCAGUGCAAGAGAGUGUAUCCAUACUUUAAUAAUGUGAACGUUGCCAACGAAAUCAUGAGAUUGAUUAAAGGAAAUUGAUUCCUCGAUAAUUAGAAGAAGAAAAAAAUGUGAAUUGCUUAUGACUUUGAAGUAAAAAUACACAAAUAAAUAUAUAAAUGACAAAAUCAAAAUA